AGCAACAUGAAAUUUUCCUUGCUGCUCGCUUUGACGGCCAGUUCCGUGGCGCAAGCAGCCCAACUUGCAUUCCCUGGAGCUGAGGGCUUUGGUAGGUAUGCAGUUGGUGGUCGUCAAGGUGAGGUAUACAAAGUGACAAACCUCAAUGACUCUGGAACGGGCUCGCUUCGAGACGCAGUAUCGAAACCCAACAGGAUAGUUGUCUUUGACGUCGGUGGAGUUAUCAAGAUCUCUGAACGCAUCGUCGUGUCUAAGAACAUCUACAUCGCUGGCCAAACUGCUCCCGGUGGUGGGAUCGUCGUCUACGGCAAUGGUUGGUCUCUCUCCAACGCCAAUGACUCCAUUGUGCGAUACAUCACCAUCCGUAUGGGCAAAGGCGGAACAUCAGGUAAAGACGCCAUCGGUAUUGCCGACGGUAAAAACAUCAUCUUUGACCACGUCAGCGUCUCGUGGGGCCGCGACGAGACUUUCUCUAUCAAUGGAGACGUCACGAAUGUUACUAUUCAGAAUACCAUCAUUGCUCAAGGUCUUGUUUCACACUCUUGUGGUGGCUUGAUGCAGACAGAUGGUGGAGUUAGCUUGUUCCGCAAUCUGUAUAUUGAUAACAAGACUCGUAACCCCAAGGUCAAGGGUGUCAACGACUUUCAGAACAAUGUUGUGUAUAACUGGGGAGGUGGUGGCGGUUACAUUGCUGGAGAUAGUCAAGCUGACAGCUAUGCUAACAUCAUCAACAACUAUUUUAUCUCUGGUCCGGAUACUACCGUCACAGCCUUUACUCGAGGAAACAGUUUCUUCCAUGCUUACGUCAAGGACAACUUCUACGACUCCAACCGCAACGGCAAGCUUGAUGGCGCUGCUCUUUGCGAGAAAGCCAGUUGCUACUCUGACAUUGAUUUUGUCAAGACUCCAUACAACUAUCCGGCUCCUACAGCCCUCACGCCCCAGGCAGCUGUCGAACUAGUCCUCAAAGGCGUUGGAAACUCGCUGCAUAGGGAUACUGUUGAUACUGCCCUUAUCGACCAGGUCAAAUCUUAUGGAACCAAGGGAGGGCAGAUCUCUGAUGAGAAGGAGUUUGGUGGCGUUGGAGAGAUUGCAAAUGGUGCUGCCCUUAAAGAUUCAGAUGGUGAUGGUAUUCCUGAUGAGUGGGAAACGAAGAAUGGUCUUAAUCCCAAUGACGCUUCAGAUGGUAUGAAGAAAAUGCAGUUCAAAAAUCUUAUCAUUGCGCUCCACGGCGUCGGAGCAUCAUGUUCUGCUCUGCGACCACCUAUUGAAAGACGCGCAACGACAGAAAUUCCUUCAGACUCGUUCAACUCCCUCGAAACAUACUGGAAUUACCUGUAUCCUUGGGGGGCCACACACAAUGGCGGCGCCCGAAUGGAUGAGGAACACGUCUCCGUCACUGAUGGCGUUCUCACUCUAACUGCUGAGCCACGAGAUGACCAAGAAGAUCCCAUUCACUAUCUUUCUGGAGCAAUUCACGCUAAAUCAACAUUCACUGUUUCUGCUGGUGGUGGUUAUGAUAUCAGUGCUGAGUUUGUUGCUCCGGUUGACAGAGGAACCUGGCCUGCUUUCUGGCUCAAUGCCGCCAGUGGAUGGCCUCCUGAGAUUGAUAUUGCAGAGUGGAAAGGCUCUGGAAAGAUUUCUUUCAACACAUUCAAUACUUCUGAUGAGGUUGCCGCACUUGAUAGGGAUUAUCCUAAUCCCGAGGAAUGGCAUUCUGUCCGUGCCGAAUUGCGUGAUGAGAACGGUCAUGAUGUGAGAGUCAAGUUCUUCCUCGACGGUGUAGAGCAGACUACGCAAUAUGGAAGGGACUAUAUUGGAGCAGGUCUUCGUCUGAUCGUCAAUUAUCAGACUGAAGGAUCUUCUGGAUCACCUGGUCCUACAACACUUCGAAAUGUUGAGGUCAUCAGUCUCAACUAG